UUUUUUUUUGCACGUUGUCAAACUGUUUCAGCUAUUGGACAGUUUUACGGCUAUGAAUGCUAUGUGGAGAGUAGCGAUGUCGGAAGAGGUUGGGAAGAAGAUGCAGGCGGUGGUGGACCGGGUAAAUCAGGCGGUCACCCGACGCCCAAAGACAUUACCAUGCAUUGCACCUAGGUUAGUUGCUGUGAGUAAAACCAAGCCUCCAGACAUGGUAGUUGAGGCUUAUAAACAUGGGCAACGCAACUUUGGAGAGAACUAUGUAAAUGAGCUUGUGGAGAAAGCCUCUCACCCUCUGAUUUUGACAUCAUGCCCUGAAAUUAAAUGGCAUUUCAUUGGACAUCUACAGAAGGGCAAUGUUAAUAAACUCUUAGGUGUUCCAAACCUUUACAUGGUCGAGACAAUCGACUCUGUAAAACUGGCUGACAAACUUAACAGCUCAUGGCAGAAGUUACGAUCUUCUAACACCCGGGGGUUACAGGUCAUGGUUCAGAUCAACACCAGCGGCGAGGAAAGUAAACAUGGCCUGCAUCCUGAUGAAACUGUUGAUACGGUCAAACACAUUGUAUCUAAUUGUCCUGCUCUGGUCUUCUCUGGACUCAUGACUAUUGGUCGUUAUGGUUAUGAUCUCAGUGAAGGCCCCAAUCCAGACUUCCAGAUUCUGCUAAAGCGCCGUCAAGAGGUUUGUGAGAGUCUGAAUCUUCCACUGGAACAGGUUGAACUCAGUAUGGGCAUGUCCACAGACUUUGAACAUGCGAUUGAGGUAGGCUCCACUAACAUCCGUGUUGGUAGCACCAUUUUUGGAACACGGGAAUAUCCAAACACUCCUAGCCCCAGCCCAGAAAAAAAGCCAGAGGUCGCAUCCGAGGAAGUAGCAAAGAAGAUGGAACGUCUUACAGUAAAAGAGCAUUAAAUAAUAGAAACAGAGAUAGACACACUGAAUCUGGAUGGUUUAAGAGAACCCAGCCACAAUACAUAUCUUAAUUAUAGGCCUGGUAUUCUUAGGAAAGGGUCAGACAGAAAAGUUGAAGGUAAGUUUCCUCUCACGUAGACACACAUUUGUCCAAUUUCAAACAAUUUUCAUGUUAUAUUUACCAUUAACAGCAUACUGAAUAAAAAUUUUAUUUAAAAAAUUUACUAGAUAAACACAUUUUGUAUUUCUUACCUAAACUGUUAACAAAGUAUAGCUUAUGGUCAUUGAAUGAAGUGUGGAUUGCAGUGUUUUCUGUCAGUAGACCACUUUCUCUGUCUCUCAGCAUGACAUGAUGCUGACCUACAAAAAAAAAAUGUUGAUGUAAAUGCACAUGUAUUGCGUAACUACUUGUCUGUUGCUGUGAAAGCUGUUUUAAAGGAACUGGUAUUUGCUAUUAUUAAAAAGUUCCUAUAUAGAAAUUUUGCAUAAACUUUGAAACUGAAAAUUGAAAGCACAAAUUCCAGAGAAAUGGUGGAUAUGUGUGAUUUAGAACUCAUACAUUUUGUUAAUUGUGACUGUAUUACAUUUAACCAGAAUUUGUUUUGGAUUUAUGAUAUUUUUAUGGUGAUAAAUAAAACAAACUAUUUACUGUG